UUUUCUGAGUCAGACUGCAGAGAAAAAACAAUAGAAUGUGCUGAAACAGAUUUUGAGUAAUUAGAUGAUGAGACAAAACAGAUCCACUCCCUGGUUUAAAAAGUCGCAGCCAGGACAGAUUCUGGAACAUUUCUCUGCUAAUGGCGCCAAGGCUAACUAGUCACCUCCUUUGCCUUGUGAUACUAUCUCAGCUAGCACAUCCUUCAGAUGAGGCGUCGCUGCCGGAUAAAACAUCUGCUCCCAGAGUAGACGUGCAUCCACAUGAGGGACAUGAGACGGGAUACAACCGUGAUGACUCCCCUUGUCAGAUUAUAUCUGUCACUGAAGACCCCGUGACCCCACCUGCCCCAGCCACCACCGACCAACCCGAUGAGACCACAGACCAGGAUGCCCGGCCUCUCGGUCCUCCUCAUCCCCCAUUGGUCCCGUACCGGACUGUCAUCCCCUGGAGGCCCAACGUCGGAGGAGGAUGGGCGAGUGCCAACGGUUUCCCCCGCUCCCCAGCGUGGUUCUUCGGGCCGCAGGGGAACGCUCGCUUCCAUCCUGCCGCGUUCCCGCUGCCGGGGAACGCUCGCUUCCAUCCUGCCGCGUUCCCGCUGCCGGGGAACGCUCGCUUCCAUCCUGCCGCGUUCCCGCUGCCGGGGAACGCUCACUUCCAUCCUGCCGCGUUCCCGCUGCCGGGGAACGUUCGCUUCCCCAUCAGCAGUUUCCUCGGGGGCUAUGACCCCCGUCUGGGACAACGGCCCUCCGGUCGGCCUUACUGGCCCCAGGGUCUAGGUCUGGCGCGGCGACGCAAUUCGUCUGAGGAAAUCUACGGAUGAACGUGGGACGGAGCGUAAAAACUAGUUCAGAUUAUCCACAGUUGCGCAUAAAACGAGGCGUUUAGGGUUUACUGGAAAGCAAUUUUAGGAUUUUACCAUCACUGAUGGUGAACACAUCUGUCCCGAUAGGUGGGUUGGGCUUGUUAACAGGCAACGUUGAUACUCGAAAAUAAACAAUCAAAUACAAAAUAUAUGCAGUUUCUUUUUUCUCUUCACCUGUUGAGAGUUCAACCAUUUCACUCACCAUAUUUAACACUUCUUGCUCUCAAAGCAGGUCGAAACUAGAGUCAAUAUCAAAACUUUCAUCAAAACCACAAUGGGUGUUGAUGAAAGCAAUCAUUAGUGACAAGUUAGUACGGAUCGCCUCUUACCUGUGUCGACACAAGCCUCUUGUGGUCAUCCUCUCGUGGUCUCUGCAGUCUAGAGGAGAAACACUCGAAGUGUCUGGCUGGAUAAACCACAGAGCUGAAUUUAUGGCUGUGGGCUAAAUGUGUUUUUUCUUUUAUGUACGUAGUACGUUUUUCCUGCCACAGAGCGUUGUCUUAGUUGAACUCCAAUAAAGAUUCUCCAUCAAAAUAUUUUCUUACUAGUGCACUGGGCUUUGUUCAUAACAUCAACAGCUUGAAGUCUUUAACUGGCUGGGGAGAUGAAAGGUGCUCUUAAGCAUAACCGAUAUCGAGUCAGAUCGGUGAUUCCUCAAAAGGACUCCGGCCACCACGCGAGCUCUCACAACAGAACGACAGCUAGGAGUGAUGCAGAUGUCAGUAGUUUAUUGUAUGUCAAGUCCAACACAUUCAAAUGGGAAAGUAACAAAUAAACAAAACAGAUGCAGCUGCACUAGUCUUGUUUCCCUACUAGCAACAAGUAGAGGAGGGACAAGGGAGUGGUAGAGAGAGGAAGAGGACGGUAGAGAGAGGAAGAGGAGGGUAGGGAGGAAGAGGAGGGUAGAGAGAGGAAGAGGAGGGUAGAGAGAGGAAGAGGAGGGUAGAGAGGAAGAGGAGGGUAGAGAGAGGAAGAGGAGGGUAGAGAGAGGAAGAGGAGGGUAGAGAGAGGACUAGGAGGGUAGAGAGAGGAAGAGGAGGGUAGACAGGAGAAAGAUGAGGACUUCUUACUAACAGCUACUGAAGCUGAGAGGAGCUUCUUCAGAGACAAAAGAGGACUGGAAUGAUUCAUCUGAAAUCCACUCUACUGCUUUUUCAACCAUGAAAAGAAAAAGAUAUGAUAGCCAAUGUUCUUUAGAGGGCCUUUGACAAUUGGGAGGGUUAGGGUCACUGAAAUGUUUAGCAAAAAAACACAAAAUCUAUCUGCUCACAUUAAACAUCUUUGACACCAUUGUGACUUUAGUUUUUGCUCUGACUUCAGCAUAAUGAGAUUUUCCUCAAUUCUUGUUUUCCCAUCAACCGUUGUUGAAAAUUGUAAAAGGUAAAAUUGCAGUUUUGUUUAUUUUAAGCACCCUUUCAGGCGCUUUUAAGCCGUAACCAUGGCAGGCCGUAACCAUGGCGGGCUGUAACCACGGUGACCGUAGCAUACAGGCAACUGUGAAAUAUGUCCGUUUGAGAAACAACCGUAGACUACCCUGAACCCACAUCACUCUGCAGAACCACAAACACUGAUGUUCCAGACCAGGUCCGUCUGACUGGAGGACUCAGCUGUGGGACAUGGGGGAGGUGGAGGGGAGAGGUGGAAGUGUUACAGACCGCCACGCUGUCCCACAGCCAAAGACACAAAGGACUGCCUCACAGCUGUUCUCCGCUCCUGCCGGCUGAACAACAUUUCAGCAGAGCGACUGGGAGGUGCUGCCAGGACUAGACGGGUUUCUAAAGAAUCCUACGAAAUCCCACCCUGUUGAGUUUUGACAUGGUGAGGAACUGGGGGAGGAGUUCAUACCCUGACAGUCCCAGACACAAGGACAGUUUAGCGUUUCUAGAAAAAAAAGUCCCAUCAGAUGUCUUCCUGUUCUGGUGAAGGACAAGACCCACUGGAAACACACAUCUCCAUCUUGUCUUCUCAGAGAGCACAGGAGGAGAAAACAACAUUUCAGUCUUUAGAGAAGUACCAACACUCUUAUUGUGGCUUGUCUGGAACCAGCAAAGUGAUUAAAUGUGUUCGCUAUAAUGCAGCAAAACAGAUGUAGCGGUGUUGUUUUCGAACACACAGAAAAAGCGUGGAUGAACUGCAGAGCGUGGAUGGGAGUUGUAGUUUUUUGUUGUCACAGAACAGAUAGCAGAGGUGCCCCUCCGCACCCUUGAAGUCUCAUACAAAAUGGCUGUCAAGAAAAUUAAAGUUUGUUGUUGAGGACAGAGAAAGCGAUCCUGCCUGGAGCCACCUGGUGGGCUUCAACAUCCCACGGUCCAGCACAGUCACAACAAAGUCCAAGGUUUCCCUGUCCGUCACAACCACAUACCAUCUCAUCAAUACUGGAGACUUGGAACUGAACCUAGGAUUCACCUCCAAACUGACUUGGCAGUUCCAACGAACCAAAACAUUUACCAUUUACAUGUAAACUGUACCGCAUUAUCCAUGACCCCAUCCUGUUUUCACCUCUACACCUUUUGAGCGUCUAAAAAAUUACCCCUCGUCUCAGCUCCCCAAACAGCAGAUACUAUAAUCAAAUGUACAAAAUAACUGACAGCAAGUUCUCGUAGGUACAGUAGGUCUGAACAGUUUGUAAACCACUGGUUGUGUGGUGGGGGUUCUGUGUGAUGAACGUUCUACAAGUUGCUUUUAGCAUUCAGACAAAAAGGUUCAAAACUUCUCAGUUAUGGAAAAGUAAGGGAGCCCACGAACCCUCGACUCGCAGACGCAAAGUUGGAAAAGAGCAAACCGAAGGCACCAUCAUGCUUUUUUAUAUCAAGUUGAAAAGAAAAACUAAAAACCAAAACCGAACAUACAGUAAACUAUGAUUUGUACAUUUAUUCUGUUCCAGGUUCAGAUGGUGUUGGAGGAGGAGCCUUCCCAGGAUCAUGGCAUCACAGAUGGAGCAGAAGAGAGAAACAAUAAACAUCAACAAAGAAAGAGAAGA